AAUAAUUAUUUGAAAACAUUUGAAGUUUUACUAUUCGCAUAUCGAUUUCCUUCAAAUGUACGGUCACUCAAAUGCAUAGGUUUUGCCUAUCCAGCUUAAAAAUUGCCGCCAAUAACGAUGUGGCAACGCUUAAUGCACGAGUAAUACACUACUUUUUGUUGCUGUUUGAAUUGAUGCAGGCAUAAAUAUGUCGUUUUCAAGCGCCGGCGAAUAUCGCGUAGUUCUACAGCAAUAUAAGUAUGCAUCGCAUCAAAUAGUCUGCCUCUUCAAAAUACUACCGGAUACGGUUAGGCUUUUUGAAAAGGAACCGGAAAAUGACUUCAACUGGAUGACUGCUGCUCGUUGGAGUAAAAUCGAAAGUGGACUCUGGCGCUUAUUUGCCAGCAUCAGCAAUUGGCACGAAGAUGCGCCCAAACUAAACACACAGAUGCUCAUAGAUCACAUCAAAGUGACGGUGAGCUCAUCGAAGGAACUGCUGCCGGUGGCACAAAAACUACUGCCAGAUGAGAAAAAGAACGGAAGUGCCUUAAGUGUGGAGAUCGAGCUGCGCUAUAUGUCACACGAAGACGAAACAAUCGUCGGCACCCAGACAACAAAGCGUAAGCACGUCGAAAGGGCAAAGGAAACAACACUAGAGGCUGAUAAAGUGAAACUUCAACCUGUGCGCCCCAACAGCUCGAACAAGAAGAAGACACCUUCGAGAAGCAGUAAUUCAGAGCAGUCGCAGACGCCUGAUAAAGGCAAACGCAAAGACUUGUUAAAGUCGAACAGAAAACGUGAGCGUAGAUCCAUUUCACAGGGCAGUCACAGUCAGAACAAGAACAUGACGCCAAUCACAAAAACGGAACAGACUUCGUCUCGCAACCGCACAGUUAAGCGCAGCAAAAGUCCAGGUUCACGCGCAACCUCCGUGGAGCCAAAGACUGAACGCCGUUCAGCUCGUUCCCCUGUGAGACCAAAUCGUUAUAAUGAAUUCGUUAUGAGCGAUAAAUCAUCGCGCAAGCCAAAACAAAAACUAACUGAUCAAUUUUCCGACUCGACUAAACCAGUUAACAAGCAACAGAAACAAACAGAUCCACAGCAUGCUACCCAAAAGUGGACCCUUGAACAACUCGAUGGAGCUAAAAUUAAUAGUGAUGCGCUCAAGGAACUGAAUGACAUGCUUAAAGUACCCAAGCCGCGUGAAGUUAAGAUUCUUCUGCUCAAGGAUAUGGAUGAGGCUUCUGUGCUGAGCACAUUCGACAAAUAUCGCGAAGAUUUCGAUCGACUGUUCCAGGAGCGACAGCACAAAUACCAAACUUCUAACUACAUGUCCAUCGAUCACUAUCACAUAAUGGACAUUCUAAAUAAAACAAUACGCGAUAGCAUGAUGAACAAACUGGCCGAGGCAUAUAAUAAAUCGGGCCCACACGGUUCGCUGGUCAUAAAUGGUCUAUUGCCACUUUGGAUAAUCCGUCUCUUCAUGGACAAGUACAAGUUCACACAGCAGGAGGCAGUGCAUCAGAUUGCGGAUCAACUUAAGUACGACACCUACCUCAGAGCUGUCAACAAUGAGCCGAUUAAAUCGUAUUUAGAUGACUGAUUCAUUAGGC